AUGUGGUGUCUGGAGCAGCUCUUAAGGAACCGAGACGGGUUUCUCCCAGGGCGAGCCCGCCGCACCAAAGCUCAUUCGUCUGCUGCGUGCAUGAACGUGCUCACUCCUGACCGCAUUCCAGAGUUCUGCAUCCCACCAAGGCUGGAGCCUAGCACCUCCUGGGCUGCGCUAAGCGAUGCCUGGGCUGCAGACUCGGAGACACUCCGCCUCCGCCUGCUGCGCGCAGAGGGCUUGGCCGCCGCACUCGAACCCCGCGCCCUGGGCUGUCGCCUCAGCCUGGUGCUGCAGCAAUCGGGCCAGCAGCGUGCCAGUGUUCUCCGCCGCAGCCGCAAGGCCGCCCUGGACCAGGACUGCUGCUUCGACGGACUCUCGGAGGAGCAGCUGCGCCGCCUGUCAGUGCGCAUCAAGGCGGAGAGCAAGGGCCGCGGGCUGGAGCGUGGACGGCCGCUGGGCCAGGGCGAGCUGCUACUGGGCUCGCUGCUGCUCCUCUGA